GCAGCGCCGCCGCCGCAUGAAGUCGAACCGAAUAUGUAAAGAGUUUGAGUAAAACACUGGAAGCAACCACCCGUUUGCAUCUCGCUACGGCUCUAUAAUACAUCUUGAACAUAUAUUUAAUGGUAACGGACAAAAACACACACAGCACCAUGAAUACACCGUUUUCUCCUCCGCUCUACAGGCAGAGAUAUCAGUUUGUUGUUGAUUACGUGCAAACGUACCGUCCUCGAAAGGUAAUUGAUUUAGGAUGCGCCGACUGUUGCUUGCUUGGAAAGCUCAAGUUUCAUCGCGACUGUGUACAGUUAUUAGUGGGGGUUGAUAUAAACGCUGCUUCACUUCUAAAAAGACGGCGUUCACUGGCCCCACUCAUGAGUGAUUACCUACAACCAAGCAAUGGGCCUUUGACCAUUGAGUUAUACCAGGGCUCGGUCACAGAGAGAGAGCCGUGCACUAGAGGAUUUGAUCUUGUGACCUGUGUUGAGUUAAUCGAACACCUGGAACUUGCGGAGGUGGAGAGCUUCUCAGACGUGGUGUUUGGGUACAUGGCACCAGGUGCCGUGAUCAUCAGCACACCCAACUCAGAAUUCAACCCACUCCUGCCGGGCUUGAGAGGAUUCAGAAACUAUGACCACAAGUUUGAGUGGACCAGAUCUGAGUUUCAGGGCUGGGCUUACAGAGUUUGUAGAGAAUAUGGUUACUCUGUACAGUUUACUGGAGUUGGAGAAGCCUUUGACUGUUGGACAGAUGUGGGAUUCUGCACCCAGAUUGGUGUGUUCCAGAGAAAUUAUGAUGGGACAAAUUGGUCCAUGACUACCACUGAGCAUUUGGAACCCUCGGUGUACAGACUGUUGUACAGGGUGGUGUAUCCGAGCCUCUGUGAUAACAACAUCUACCAGAAGACUCUGGUUAAUGAAGUCCUGUAUGAGGCACAACAACUGAGACAGGAAUGGCUUCAGAAGAACAUUGACUCUAACAACAAUACACAUGUCCACUAUUAUCCAUCAGUGGAAGCGGAACACCGUGGAGCUGAAGGGGGCGCAGAUGAGCAGCUGCCUGUUUAUCAGCAGGGUGGCACCAUUUGCGUCCCCUUGUCAAGCGUAUGGUCGAGACCUAGAGUAAGAGGGCUGUGUGGGACCCUGCAUCGUCUUCGAGAGAUACUGCUGGAUGAUUCGCUGAUGAGGCUGAAUGCUGAUGGAACGGUGCUAAUCUUGCCUGCUGGUGAUGAUGAUGAUGAGGAGGAAGACAAAGAAGAGGAGGUGAAAACGGCUUCAGAUGUAGCAGAAAAUGUAAAGGAGGACUGGGAUGAGGAGCUUGCAAGCUUUGGAAAUGUAUAAUAGAUGGGAAAGUUCUGUAACUAAAAUCAAAAGUAAAAUGUUGUACUCUGGGCUUACUAAAAUGUUUGUAAGUACAGAACCAACUAUAAUUUGUUUAGAGUAACCUUUUGUAUUUUGUUGUCAAAUCUGUGAUGGAGAUGUGAAGAGAAACAUUAAAUACUGUAAUGUCCUAUGGUUUAUAGGACAAAAGAGCAUGUAAA